AUGGAAGUCCGAUAUGUCUGGCAGUCACUGAAGGCCUCACGCAAGCUCUCGCGGCUCCUGUACGUGUACAACCGGUACAUGUCAAUUCUAUGGAACCUCCUCGUCUUUGGGGUGAUAGGCACAGUUUCUGACACUACUACAACCGAUCUCACUCAAGCAGGCUAUGUGAUCGAGCUGAUCGACCCCAUCAGCUCGAUCUUGAACUCUCGCUUCCUGCUAGCCAUCUAUGAGUCCAAAGACCACCGUGAACGAGGAGGGUCCCCUGCCUCGUCUUUUUCGACAGUCGAUUUUGUCGAAGCUGAUCCAAGAGCAGCGGUGUCUCCAGAGCUCCCGGAAUUCAGCCAGUCUUUUGGUGGCCCAAUCUAUUCCCUCCCCAACCACGAUCCCGAGCUAUUCGACCCGGAGCCGACGGCGGUGCAGCAAGAGCGCGAGGGGGAGAUAGGUGCGGAGUCCGAGUCCGAGGACCAGGCACAGGCACAGGCACAGUCGAAUGAAGUAGGCGAAGGCUCCGAGCAGGUGUGA